AUAGUUUGCCGGACCUGUGUCGCCUCCUAUAAAUGGACAGCUAGCAGCCCCCCUCCAGCAUCUCCUGCAUCUAUCGAUCCCAUCUUUUCCUUGGCACUACACUCAACAGUCAUCACAACUGCGAGGAGCGACGCUACGACCUCUGCGCUCAGGAUCACCAUGCCGCCGAACACCGUGACCUCCGCGUCCGUCGACCAGAACCUUGCCCUCGCCAAGCAAUGCUCGCGAGAGGCCGCCCUCGCUGGGUUCAAGGCAGCAGCUAUCGGGACCGUCGCCUCUGGAAUUGCCACCCUGGUUAGCGUCAGGAUGCUGCCAUGGGCUAAGGCCAACAUCAACCCCGCUGGCCAGGCCCUCAUCAUCUCCACAGUUGCUGGCAUGGCGUACUUCAUCGCGGCAGACAAGAAGAUCCUCGCGCUGGCGAGGCAGCACUCCUACGAGAACGCACCUGAUCACCUCAAGGACACCUCCUUCCAGGGCACCGGCCGUCCGCACCCAGGGUUCUUCAGGCCGUGAGCGAGGAAGCUAUAUAUGGCCCUGCUGGAAGCACUAGUAUUCUCAGCCGUCGAUGCAGCAUGUCCAAACAAUAAUCUACUACUACUAGCCUAAUAAAUAAAUAAAUAAAUA